UUAAGCCACAUAUAACACCGAUCCAAUCCAAUUCAAUCCGGAAAGACAUAUCCCGUCAUGCUUUGCACCUGCUUUUUCUUUCCGGUAAAGGCGCCAGCAUGGGUAUCUCCCGUGACCAUUGGCACAAGCGCAGGAAGACUGGGGGCAAGCGCAAACCUCUGCGUAAGAAGAGGAAGUUUGAACUCGGGCGACCUGCCGCCAACACAAAGCUUGGCCCCAAGCGCAUCCACACAGUUCGGACGAGGGGUGGUAACAGCAAGUACCGUGCCCUAAGGCUUGACAGUGGCAAUUUCUCCUGGGCCUCUGAACACUGCACGCGCAAGACUCGUAUCAUUGAUGUAGUGUACAAUGCCAGCAACAACGAGCUGGUGCGGACAAAGACGUUGGUCAAGAAUGCCAUUGUGCUGAUUGACGCCACUCCGUUCCGGCAGUGGUACGAGUCGCACUACGCCCUUCCCUUGGGACGCAAGAAGGGUGCUAAGUUGGCUGACAUCGAGGGUGGUGCUUUGGUGAAGAAACGUAGCAAAAAAGCUGAGAAAAAGAUCAAGGAGCGACAGAAGCUGGCUAAGGUUGACCCACUCCUGGAGGAGCAGUUCAUGACAGGUCGAGUGAAGGCAUGCCUUGCUUCUCGCCCAGGCCAGUGUGGCAGGGCAGACGGCUACAUUCUGGAGGGCAAGGAGCUCGAGUUCUACACCAAGAAGAUUAAGUCUAAGAAGGGCAAAUAAUUUGGUUUCCUCAUAAUAAAGGGGAAGUCUAACAAAGA